AUCUCUAGUCGGCGUCGCGCGCGGAUCGUUUUUUGCUAUUUGCUGCUCAAUUUUCGCUGUUCUCGAGCAAAUAAACAAACGCGCGGAGGAAGCCAAUAAGUGUAGUGAAUAGUAAUUAAACGAGCGCGGCGUCGCGAAUUUAAUUCAAUUUCAAUUAGCCGGAUUAAAAUGCUCCAGUUGUUUUACGAAUUUUGAAAAGCUGGUCGAAGUCCACAGACAGCCGGAGUUGGCUGCCAUGAUGCGAUACUCGGAAAUCUCACGCGACCUGGCCACGGAUAAUUUGCGCUACUCAGAGUUAAGCAGAAAACCCACCACGGACUAUAAUGGAUACACGGGUCAGGCCUAUGCCUCGACUCAAUUCAAGCAGAGCUCACCUCCUCCUCCGUCGCAGCAGCAACAGCAGCAGCAGCCAACUCGGCUGUCCAAACAACGAAGUCCAAACACCAACGGAAAUGCCCAUACCAUGGCCUGUUUGCGCCAGGAGAAGUCGCAAAAGGAGCACCACAUGGAACCGCCCAUGUCGCAACCGCAGACCAGCAAAACGCUGAACAUCAAGAGCACUCGCCGCAAGAACUCCAUCGGUUGUUUAAACAGUUUCUCCUCCUCGCCAGACUCACCGGGCUGCUACUAUACCAUAGCAGCCUCGGCAGCACCGCCGUCCAAGUCGCAAAGUUUACCGGCCCACGCCUCCAUCAAGCAGUUGGAUGCGGUUAUCAUGAGCGCGUUACGUGUACCCGCCGAUGUGUUGGCCAACCAGAUAACGCUACUGGAUUUUCCCGUCUUCGGCCACAUCCAACCGGAUGAGCUGAGCAGUUGCGCCUGGACGAAAAAGGACAAGCAUGUCAACACACCCAAUAUUGUGGCAUUUACCAAACGAUUCAACCACACGAGCUUUUGGACAGUGCAGGAAAUAUUGAAUGCCGAGCAGCCAAAGCAGAGAGCUGAGAUAAUGACGCACUUUAUUAAGGUGGCCAAAAAGCUGCAUGAGCUCAACAAUCUGCACUCGCUGUUCGCCAUUAUUUCGGCCAUGCAAAGCGCUAGCAUUUAUCGCCUGACAAAGACCUGGGCUUGCCUAUCGAAAAAGGAUCGUCAGUCCUUCGACCGACUCAGCGAUAUAUUCAGCGACCAGGACAACUGGGCCAAUCUGCGUUCGUACCUCGAGAGCCUCCGCCUGCCCUGCAUCCCCUAUCUGGGUCUCUUCCUCACCGAUCUGAUCUACAUUGAUUUGGCCCAUCCGCACAAGGGCGGACUGGAACCGGAGCAGCGGAGAAAUAAGAUGAACAACAUACUCCGUGUCAUUUCAAACUAUCAGCAGUCGGACUAUAAGCAUCUGCAGAAGCAUGAGGCCACCCAGAAGUAUCUGACAUCCAUAAGAUACAUUGAGGAGUUGCAGAACAUAUUCGAGGAGGACCAGUACAAGCGAUCUCUGAACCUGGAGCCUGCGUCGCCCUCUGGACCUAGUUCAUCGUCCUGCAGCUCGAAGGAAUCCUUCAACGUGGAGGCUGUUACUCCGGCCCUGGGCUGUCUGAAUCUCUCGCCGGCCAAGACCAUUGGCUCCAUGCGCAUGGCCAGCGGCACCAAGUUCGUGCCGGGUCACCGCAAGUGUCGCAGUCUGGGCACCAAAUUUCGCAGCAGCAGCCUGCCGCGAAACUUUGCCGAGAAGUGUCAAUGUUGCAUCGUGAUGAUUGCGCCGGGCAUUGGCACCAUCUCCAACAAGCGUUGCACAUGCCGUCGCAUCUUUGGCAAGAUUGCGCUUCACAACCACGGCGAUGGGCAUCCGCACCACCUGCAUCUGGAACUGGAUCCCAGUCAAGGGCAGCCUCGUCACCACCUUCUCGAUGAUUCGGUUUUGGAGCACAGCGACGCCCUAUCCCAAGCUGAUCUAACAUCACUGGAGAGCGCCGAGGGAAUAAUGUGUGACUUCACUGGCAGUGAUUGCGAUUUGAUGUCGCCGGAGGCAGCGGCCGCCAUGCAUGGAUGUGUGCGUCGAAAAACGGUCCAGAAGGAGGGAAGGAAGCCGGCGGUGGCCUCGUGGCAGCGCUACUGGCUGCAGAUCUGGGAGAACUCGCUGCUCUACUUCCCACCCAAGUCCUUCAAGGGCAGUGAGCGGAGCGACUUCAAGCGGGAGCCGUGCAAAGUGUGUCCCCUGGACGGAUGGUAUGCCCAUGUCAGCGAUAAUACCAAGCACAAGAACACCUUCGAGCUGUGCCACCGAACCCUGGGCACCGUCUAUCGCUUCCGGACGGACAGUCCGCAGAUGACACACCUCUGGUCGAACGCCAUUUGCAAGCUGGCCAACAUGCGAGUACCCAAACCUCUGCCCACCAACCUUAUGUCCUUUGAAUGAGCUGGGCCCUGAAAAAAAAAAAAAAAAAAAAAAAAACAAAGAAACCCAGGAACUCAAAUAUAUAUAUUGUACUCAUCGUAGCCUAGUGGACUACCUAGUUUAGUUAGCCUAAUCCCUUGAAACGUGCACAGCCAAAAAGAAAAAAAACCACACCCACCAAACCACUCACUCACUCCCUGAAACGAGGCAACACCACAGAACAUUCCCACAACCACAACGAACGAACAAAUUGAAGCCUGCAUCUAGAUGAAUCGAUUUCAAAAUGGUAUUUCAAAAGACUGACACCGAGUAGGAGAAUCCGAGGAGAAAGUAAAGGAGAUGGAGAAGUUCCAGCAGAGAAGCCACACACAAUCACUCAACAACAACAGACUAAACCGACAACGCAGGGCAAUUAGAAUCCCAAAUAUGUAACGGCCCUGUUCUCAAAGUCCAAUUUUAUGCGGAAUUGGGAAACUGGCACGUCAACGAAUAAACAUUUUUUGCCAGCUUCUUUGCAAUGAUUUAGAAGCUCUAAGCGAGUUAUUUUCAAUUCCCAAUCCACUUAAUGUUGGCAACAGGGCUGUCUAUUAUUAAUAUUGUGCUGUCCCUUUUGCUGUAUUUUGUAUUUGUAAAAUUUAAUAUUAAGGAAAUUACUUUGACAUUUACUCAACUUAAUUUCGCGCUAAUCGUGCCAUAUUAGUUCUAAAUUUUGUGUUCACACAACGAUUGUUGGCAAGCAAACGAACUCGAUUUGCCCAACUCACCUAACUUUGUAACAAAGAAUCAAAAAAAUCAAACGAACUUUCUACGCGUAACUAAGGGCUUUAAUAUUGUAACGCUAUCACUACCACUACCACAUGAUCAACAUCAGUUAAUCUGUAUAUCUGCCUUAAGUUGAUGCACUCUAAAAACAAACAGAGCUAUAUAGCAAACAUAAGUAUAUUUCGUAAGAUGCAUGCCUCAAUUGUAAAAAAACGAAAGUAAUAUGUUAGUGUUUCUGUUUCUGUUUUUUUUGUUUGUCUGUUGAGACGGCCUCAUGAAUUGUAACUCCUAAGCUUUGUCACACACAUACAGAUUAUCAUUUGCAGCGUUUUUACAUUAGUUUAAGAAAGAAAUGCAACAACAAAAAUAAACCACAAAACGAAAAGAAAGAAA